UCUGUUAUUAUUGUGGGUUUGUUGGAUUGUGCAGGUUUGAUGGGAGACAGAUGUUGCGAAUGUUGAGAGGGAAGAGAAUGGUGUUUGUGGGGGACUCGUUGAAUAGGAAUAUGUGGCAAUCUUUGGUAUGUGCAUUGAGAGAAUCAGUGGAGAAUAAGAGCAGAAUCUUUGAAAUUGAGGGUCGGCGAGAGUUCAGGGCUAGAGGCUUCUACUCUUUCAACUUCGUAGAUCAUAAUUGCUCAAUAGACUUUGUAAAAUCGCCAUUCCUUGUUCAAGAAUGGCGAAGCUCAGACAGGCGUGGAAAUCGAAGAGAAAGACUCAGGCUUGACAUGAUCCAAACCCCUUCUUUCAAUUACCAUGAUGCUGAUAUAAUCAUCUUCAACACCGGUCACUGGUGGACGCACCAGAAAACAUACAGAGGCAAAAAUUACUUCCAAGAAGGCAGGAAAGUCUAUAACAGGCUAGAAGUAAAUGAAGCUUAUAAGAAAGCUUUAUGGACAUGGGCAAAAUGGGUUGAUUCUAACAUCAACAGAAGCCAUACCAGGGUCUUCUUCGGUGGAUACUCAGCUUCUCACUUCAGGAAAGGGAAAUGGGAUUCAGGUGGGCAUUGUCAUGAAGAGAGGCAGCCUGUAACAAACGACACUCUACUUAAACCAUAUCCAUUGAUGAUGAAGAUUCUCGAAUCUGUUAUAUCAGAGAUGAAGACGCCAGUUUUUUACCUCAACAUUACCAGAAUGACAGGGUACAGAAAAGAUGGGCAUCCUUCGGUUUACCGGAAACCUAAUGUCCAUCAAAGAAUUCCUGGGAUUAUCCAAGAUUGCAGCCAUUGGUGUCUUCCCGGUGUUCCAGACUCCUGGAAUGAGCUUUUCUACGCCACUUACCUUUUAUCACAUCAUGCUUUGUCAAGCAACCACUAGACCGACACUUGUGGUAGUUCAUGUUGUCCAACUGAUAAAUAGUGUAAAAAUUCAAAUGUCUUACACAAUCUUGUAGCAGUUAAACCGUGACCCUUGUAGAUAGAUAAGAUGAAAUGCGAAAGAAAGCUUGAAGUUGAUUGUUUUUAAGCUUUACUUUCUCGAACUUGUUUAAAAAAAACAUUAUUCCUUUAUUAGACAACAGGUGUGAACACCAACACAACAGUAAAGACUUUAGAGUGUGUUCACUGUCCGACUAGAAUCCCACCAAAUGGAAGGCAUUGGUCUGGGAUAAUAAUCGACUGUCCUU